UUGAUCACAGAUGCGCUUGUGGAACGGGGUUGUCAAAAGUGAGAUGACGAGGCCCUGAACAACUUAAACUGGACAUUUCUAACAGAGUCUUAUCGACUAGACGAAACACCGAUUGAGUCUUUGACUGCAAAGACAUGGAACCAUCACCCUCCAGCACCCCAAACACCCUGAAACCUGGCCCCACCUCCCCUCCCCCAGCUACCCCUAAAUCUACCCAAGGCACUAGACCCACCUUGACCCUGCCUAUAUCCACCCCAUCCGUCCCGACCUCUCCGGUCUCAUCUUCAUCCUCUUCUCAUCCUGGUCCCCCUCUCCCUCCUUCCUCGCCCUCACUAUCCACCCCUCCUGCCUCCCCCCUGCGGCAGCCCAUCAGGCCUGUCUCCCAGGCAGGACGAUCCCAGCUCAAUGCUGCCCGCCGGUCAGCUGAGGAGAGGAGGGGGGCUGGUGCUGCUGGAGAUACCCCGGUCAGCCCCCCUACUACCCCUCUACGACAGGCUUCAGUAGCUCAGCCAGAGGAGCCAGAGGAGGAGCUGAGUGUGGAGGAGCUGGAGGAGAGGGCCAAGUCUGGAGAUGCCAAAGCCCAGAGUAGGAUGGGCCGGUACUACUUGGCCCUAGCUGAGGAGAGAGAUGAGGAGGUGAACAACUGUACAGCAGUGAGCUGGCUGGUGCAGGCCACCAAACAGGGCCGCAAGGACGCAGUCAAGAUGCUACAGCGCUGCCUAGCAACCAGGAAAGGCAUCACGUCAGAGAACUUUGAGGAGGUGAAGAAGCUGUGUACGGAGACCAGAUUUGAGAGAGGAGUGAGGAAGGCUGCUCUGGUCAUGUACUGGAAGCUCAACCCAGAGAAGAAGAGAAGGGUGGCAGUGUCUGAGAUGCUCGAGAACGUGGAACACGUCAACACUGAGCCAGAUGACGCUGCCACCCAGGGCCCCAUAUCCAGCUCCAUGCAGAAACAGAGGAGAGUUCUGGAGAGCCUCGUCACCAGCAAAGCAAGUUGCUAUGACGUGGGUCUGGAUGACUUUGUGGAGACCACUAAGAAGUACGCUCAGGGCAUCCCCCCCUCUCCCACUAUGGCUGGUGACGGCGGUGACGAUGACGAUGAUGAAGCUGUGAAGAAUCCAGACGACUUGCCCCUUCACAAGAAGGUGCUGAAGUUCCCCCUACACGCCCUGUUGGAGAUCAAGGAGCACCUGAUUAACUGGGCAUCCCGGGCAGGCAUGCAGUGGCUCAGUGCCCUCAUCCCCACGCACCACAUCAACGCUCUCAUCUUCUUCUUCAUCAUCAGCAACCUCACCAUCGACUUCUUCAUCUUUCUCAUCCCCCUGCUCAUCUUCUACCUGUCCCUGUUCUCCAUGGUCAUCUGCACACUGCGCGUCUUCCAGAACUCCAAGGCGUGGGAGAACUUCCGGGCCCUUACAGAACUGCUGUUACGUUUUGAGCCCGGCCUGGACCUAGAGCAAGCUGAGACUAACUUCGGCUGGACCCACCUGGAGCCCUACCUCUACUUCCUGCUGUCAGUGGUCUUCAUGGUCUUCUCCUUCCCCGUGGCUGACAAGACCUGGAUCCCCUGCUCCGAGCUGGCCACCGUGGCUCUGUUCUUCACCGUCACCUCCUUCCUCAGCCUCCAAGCCUCCGCUGAGCUCUUCGCCCGCCGCGCCCUGCUCACAGAGGUGUUAUCGGGGGUCUGUGCCCUUACACAACUAUUACCUGAUAGUGUCUGGUUCCUGCGGGUGUUAGGCACAACGUUUGUGACGGUGCCGCUAGGGGAGAUGGUGGCGCUGAACGUGGGCGUGCCGUGUCUUCUCUACGGGCACCUGAUCUACCUGCUGUUCCGCAUGGCCCAGCGGAGAGGCUUCAGGGGCACCUACCUCUGCCUCGUACCCUACAUGGUCUGCUUCGUCUGGUGUGAGCUCUGCCUGGCCCUGCUCCACUCCUCCUCCACCAUCGGUCUGAUUCGGACCUGUGCAGGCUACCUCCUCUUCCUGUUCGCACUGCCUGUCCUCACCUUGGGCUUGGCGGCCCUGUUGCUCUUCAAGGUCCUCCAGUGGUUCAUGGCUCUGGAGAUCACCAAGAUGCUGGUGACUCUGACUGUUUGCACGGUCCCGUUUGUGUUGCGGAUGUGGAUGCGGUUCAGCCUGAACCCGCUGGUGGUGGCGCGGUUCCUGUCACGGAGCAGCGUGGUGAAGCUCAUCCUGGUGUGGCUAAGUGCUUUGAUGAUGUUCUGCUGGAUGUAUGUCUACCGCUCAGAAGGCAUGAAGGUGUAUAACUCCACCCUCACGUGGCCGGAGUACAGUAACCUGUGUGGGCCCAAGGCCUGGAAGGAAUACAACAUGGCCCAAACCCAGAUCCUGUGUUCUCACCUGGAGGGCCACCGGGUCACCUGGACAGGACGCUUCAAAUACGCCCGCAUUACCGACAUCGAGAACGGAGCCCAGUCCGUCAUCGGCCUACUUCCUGUGUCCGUAGGGAACUGGAUGAGAUGUCUCUAUGGUGAGGCCUAUCCCCUCUGUGAAAACACCACCGACCCCACUGCCCCUCACCAGGCCCUUCCCGCACCUCUUCCAGAAGACCCCUUAUGCAAACUGAAAAAGCUGGCCAAGCACGAGUGCCACGUGAAGCACUUCGACCGCCACAAGUUCGAGGUGACCUUGGGCAUGCCCCUGGAGAGGAAGAGUAAGAACGGGACCAUCAUAGAGGACGAGGACGCCACCAAGGACAUCGUCCUGAAGGCCAGUAGUGAGUUUGGCCCAGUGCUGCUGCACCUGAGCGCUGGGAGCCUGGUAGAGUUCAGUACGGUUCUAGAAGGACGCUUGGGCUCCAAGUGGCCUGUGUUUGAGCUGAAGGCCAUCCACUGUCUGAUGUGUGCGGACGCCCGAGUGCCCAGCGGCAGGCAAUAUAAGAUAGAACACGACUGGAGGCACACGGCCCAGGGGGCACUGCAGUUUGCCUUUGACUUCUUCUUCAACCCCUUCCUCACCGCACGGCUGAAGCAGGACACUGAGACCCAGACCACACAGGGCAGAGGAGGAAUAGACCAAGGCUAGUGGUGGAUAAAUGCAGAGGACUGUACACUAUGUGGAGUGUAUAAGUGUACACUAAGUGUACACUGAGAGAACUCAUUUCAGUAUGGAUUGUAAGUAAUGCAUCAUGUCGACCACUAUUAGGAGUGUCUGAGUGUACACUAUGUGGAGUGUACACUGGAAAUAUACACACAAUCACAUAAAGGUUUGUCAGUAAGUCUAUGCUGGAGUUCCAGUACCGCGGUUCAAUUGCUUCUAGUGGUGUGUGUGCGUGUGUGUGUCUGCUCUAUGAGCCCCUACUGUUGACUAGUAAAACCAGCUUAGAAUCAUAGUUGAAUUGUGCAUAUGGCUAAACUAUGGGUGUGUGUUUAUAGUGUGUGUGUGUUUUCAUAGCUGCUGAGUCAUAGUGGGAUAGGAUAAUAUCACAUAACAUAACGAAACCACUGGAUUACAAAGGAGGAAGACAAUUUACACUAACUUUACACUUUCAUACACCUCAAACACAAUCACUUCCACAUAAAUACACACACCACCUCAACCUCCUCAUUCAUAGCCAGUGUUUUCGGUCUGUCAACGUUUGAGUAAGUGUGUGGGACAAUGCCGAUCAACAUUGUGGCCAAUAAUCUUAUUGACUUGCUCUUGACAUGCAGUCCAAAUGUCUAAUUCUGCAUGCCAUUCAUCCACAUAGGCCUGCUGUUUGCAUCCAUGGCACUAAUGGCUAAAUUCUAUCAUAUUCGCACUAGCCAACACCCGCUUAACUGUGUUAGAGCUGUCAAAUCCACAAGCGGCUCCUGCUAUUAUACCUUGCCAUUGGCUGUAUGGAGUCUCAUUAAGAGAAAUCCCAUGCAGCUUUGUUUUACAAGUUGGGACACUGGAAUAUGAGAUGUAAUCCACACCUCAUUUAGGCUGAUAGAAAUCCUCAUUAUUUAGUUGAAUGAUUUUUCAAUUUGAGCGUAAUUAUUUCUAUAUGGCCUUCACGUUCUCAUUCUGAACUUCUAACGUGAGUGGGACGGAUGGGACGGGUGUGACGGGUGGGAAGGGUGUGA